UCCAAAUAGCCCAGGCCCAUCCAUUUUCUUUCCGAUUCAUCGUGUUUGUCGUUUGUACCUUUCCCUAUUCCAAUUUGCAUCCACUUCACUUCUUACCGAUCGCCGGAGUCUUCUCCGUUCAGGUUACUGUCUCGAACUCACCGGCGCCACCUACCGAAUCCUUCACUUCUAUCCGAGUAUAAUGGGGCGGAAAGCUGGUGGGCUUUUUAUCAACUCCAAGAGAUUUAGUUCACUGCAUAAACCUUGCAUGAAGGAAAUGAUAAUGUUUCUCACCUGUAUGGCUACAAACCAGAGCGACGUUGAUGCAUUGGCUAAGCAGAAAGAACUGUUAAAUACAUGUAUAGAAUCUCAGAGUAAAAAGAACAGAAAGUCUUGGGGGAGUAUCAAUUAUCAAAUGCAAAGGCUUAGCCGAGGAAGGAAGUAGUUUUUUAUUUUCCGAUAUUAAUCAUUUUUACAAUUCAAGAUUGUUAUCAUGAAAGCUUAUCCUGUUCCAGCUAAAUUGACCGUAUAGUCUUUUAAAUUGUCUUGAUGAUGAAAUUUCUAGCAUUUUUCUUUAUUUAACCAUUUAAGUCGAAAGAGUUGGUGGAGUUACAUUGAAGAAUACCAAUGUAAUUUAUUCUGUAUCAAUUAAAGCUUUGAUAAGCUACAAACUACUUAUGAUACCAUCAUCUCAUCGUACUGUUUCUGCCCUUCAUAUAAUACCUUCUAUUAUUUUCUACAACGA